AUGGUGUUAUAUAAUGGAUCAUGGGAACAAGUUUUGAACGAAGGUUGGUCAUUUAGUGCUAAACAAAGCAAGGGUAUGAAGGUGCCAAAGACUAUCACUUACAAUAGUCUUGUUGAUCAAUUGUAUACUUUAAUCGGAGCUGACAAGUCUCGUAUUGAUCUUGACUUAAAUGUAAUCUAUCAUUUUGGAAGUAAAGGUAUCCCUCCAUCUUUGAUUAGUAAUGAUGAUGAUGUUGCUUUUUUUCUUGAUGAGAUAGGAACAUCUAUCAAUCAUCGGACACCCCUAUGUGUGUCUACUAUAGAGAAGAGAAGUAAUGAUCCUUUGGUUACUAAAACACGUGAGUUGUAUACUAUUCCUCCAGUUGAAACCAAAGUGAAUGAUGAUUUUUGCAUUGAUGGCAAUGAAGACAGUUGUGAUGAUGAUAAUAAUGAUGCAGAUGGCAAUGAAGACAGUUGUGAUGGUGAUAAUAAUGAUGCAGAUGAUGAUAAUGAAAAUAUUGAUAGGUCUACCUGCAAUGAUGUACUUGUGAAGCAUAAUUUACAACAGUCUACCUCCAAUGAAGUAUUAAAGAGCCAUGAUUCCUCAAAUAAUAGAGGUCGUAAAGUAAGACAGGUUGGUGAAGAUAAUCUAUGGAGUACUCCACUUUUGUUGAAUCAAGGGGAAAAAGGCUCUACUUCAGCCUCAACAGCUCAAUUACUGACAUCUUCUUCGAGUAUCAAUUCAUGGGAAAUAAAAGAGGGUCAAAUAUUUGAGAACAAGCAAGAGUUGAAGAUGAAACUCCAUCUUUAUGCAUUAAAGAAAAACUUUGAGUUUAAAGUAAAGAAGUCUGCGAAAAAUAUAUGGUGUACAGUAUGUGUUGAUGAUAAAUGCAAAUGGAGGUUGAGGGCUACAAAAUUGGUUAAUUCCAAUAUGUUCGAGGUUCGUAAAUUUUUCGGUGAACACACAUGCUCAUUGGAUGUUCGACAUAAAGAUCACCGUCAGGCAUCCCCAUGGCUUAUUGGACAUGUCAUAAGGAGAAAAUUUGAGGGUGAUGAUGUUAAUUACAAGCCAAGGUCAAUUGCAAAAGAUGUGAGUUUAUCAUAUGGAGUUCAUAUGAGCUAUGCUAAAGCUUGGAGGUGUCGAGAGCAUGCAUUGGCUUACUCAUUUGCAGAUGGACAAUGA